CGCUCCCGCCUCAUGGCCCUGUGACACAUCCUUCCCUCAUAAGCGUAGUGUGCCCCUGCCCAGAUGCUGCUCCUGCACGCGAGAGCACGCACACACACACACACACACACACACGCAGAAGUGCGCUGACAUAGACGCACUCUCGCACUGAAGCCUCUCCCUCUCUCUUCCUCCUCCGGCUCCCAGAAAGCAAACACCCUGCCUCGGACGAUGUGUCUCCUCGCCGGCCUCUCGGUCUUCCUCCUCCUGCACCUCCUCAUCCAACCUCUGUCCUCCCUGCCAGGCGCAAACCUCACCUCCAAUCUGGACCGUAUCAAGAUCGUCUUCACCCCGAUGGUGUGCCGGCGGGUCUGCAAUGCUAACGGACGCUGCCACAACAGCUGUGAGAAGGGGGACACCACCACCGUCUACAGUGAGAACCAGAGCCAGCCUCCGAAAAACCAGGGCUUCCGCCUCUACUUCUGUCAGAUCCCCUGCAUGAACGGGGGGCGCUGCAUCGGGCGGGACCAGUGCUGGUGCCCAUCAAACUCCACAGGGAAGUUCUGCCACCUCCCGGCGCCACCCCCAGCGAAGCCCUCCUCCCCGAAGAAGCAGGGCGGCCAGGCGGGCUCCUCUGCACACUCCACGUACACCCUCCCCCUCUCCAACCAGCAAGCCUCCAUGCACCCGUCGCUGGUCAACGUGCACAUCCAGCACCCCCCGGAGGCGGAGGUGCAGGUCCACCAGGUGGCGCGUGUCAAGCCGGGCCAGGUGGAGGUGGAAGGCGGCACAGGCGGAACGCACUCGGUACAGCAGAGGUCACAGCCCAGUAACGGUCACGGCAACAGCAUCGGCAGCAGCGACAAUAACGGGGUCAUAUUGAGCUACGGUGACGGCAAUGGGAACGGAGACAUCUACAGCCACACCAGGCUCCAUACCCGCUUGAACGGAUAUGUGGGACGGUGCUUCCAAGAGACAGUUGACGGGAAGUGCGGCAGGCCACUCCCAGGCCUUACCAAACAGGAGGACUGCUGUGGCAGCGUGGGGACCUCCUGGGGCUUCAACAAGUGCACGGAAUGUCCACCCAAACCAGCUUACGCGGUGAUCGCACACGGCCAGGUUGAGUGUCCCAAGGGCUACAAGAGGAUGAACAUAACCCAUUGUCAAGAUAUUAACGAGUGUACGAUGACGGGGAUCUGCAAGAACGCCGAGUGCCUGAACACCAAGGGCAGCUACAGGUGUACGUGCAAGGCGGGAUACAUGCUGGAUGCAGCACGCAGCCAAUGUGUCUCGGACAAGGCCGUCUCAGAGAUGCGGGAUCUGUGCUAUCGCUCGGCAUUGUCGGACUCCUGCUCGCUGCCCCUGUCUCAGCACAUCACCAAGCAAAUCUGCUGCUGCAGCCGCGUGGGCAAGGCAUGGGGUGCGGCCUGCGAGCGAUGCCCCCUGCCUGACACAGACCAUUUUAAAGAGAUCUGCCCUGCUGGCCAUGGUUACACCUACUCCCGGUCCGACGUACAGAUCUCCCUGCGGCAGUUGGAAGAGGAGGAGCUGCAUCGGACCGGCCCCUCCCACCAACCCCGCCCCCAUCAUCCUCGCUAUCAUCAUCCUCAUCCUCCUCAUCCUCCUCAUCAGCACCUUCACCCAACCGCCGACGUUCACAUCCAGGCCAAGCUGCCCGUACGAUAUCAUGAAGAUCUUGCGAUUCUGAUUCCACCCGCCUCAGUCACAGAGUCGCCGAGCUUUCCAGUAGAUGUAGUGGAGAAGACCACCCUUCACUCACUGGUCAACGUGAGACCCGAGACAGAGGGCCGGGACACCGCACCCAUCAACGUGGCCACUCAGGUCACCGAUGUGGACAGGUGCUCCAUCACACCAACCAUCUGUGGACCUGGGCAGUGUGUCCCCAUACAGACAGGCUAUACCUGUUACUGCCACCCUGGCUACCAGCUGAACCCGCUGCAGACUCGUUGCAUCGAUGUGGACGAAUGCAAGAACGACCCCUGCGAAGGCAAGGGACGCUGCGUGAACAGCUAUGGGUCAUACAUCUGCCACUGUUACACAGGCUACAGUCAGGUCAUCACCCAAAACAGGAAGUUCUGUCAAGACGUAAACGAGUGCGACAUGCCGAGCAGAUGUCCAGGCGGCCGCUGCGUCAACACUGAGGGCUCCUACGCCUGCGAGUGCGACGCCGGCUAUGCCCUGUCCAGGAGGGGGCAAUGCGAGGACGUGGACGAGUGCAGAAACCCUAGCGUCUGUCCGAGCGGGAAGUGCACCAACACACCGGGCUCCUUCCAGUGCCAGGAUUGCGGAGCAGGAUUCAGAGCCACCGGCGGCAAGUGCCUGGAUAUAAACGAAUGCCUGAGUCCAGGCGUGUGUGCCCAUGGGAGGUGUGUCAACAAGGAUGGCUCAUAUGAAUGCAUCUGCAAUGUGGGCUUCGUGGCCGGCCUGGAAAGCAAGACCUGCCGAGACAAGGACGAAUGCCUGCUCCCAGAAAUCUGCCCCCAGGGCAGUUGCGUCAACCUGGAAGGCUCCUACAGGUGCAGCUGUGACCUGGGGUACCAGCCCAGCCCUGAUGGCAAAGCAUGCGAAGACAUUGAUGAGUGUGCGACGCGGAGCGUAUGUCCUGCUGGCAUAUGCAAAAACACACAAGGGUCCUACCAAUGCUCCAGCUGUGGGCCAGGCUUCACGCCCUCAGCGGAUGGUCUCGUGUGCGAAGACAUUGAUGAGUGCCUCACGGAUGUCUGCCCGAAUGGGAUCUGCUUGAACUCCGAAGGCUAUUACUCCUGCAUCCCCUGCCCCUCGGGAUACACAGUGUCUGCAGACCGGACAGUUUGUGAAGAUGUUGACGAGUGCCAGGUUCCUGGGACGUGCCCUGCGGGCAUCUGCGUCAACACAGAGGGCUCCUACUCCUGUGAGGGCUGCGCAGACGGCUAUGCGUUAUCGGCAGACGGACACAGCUGUGAUGACGUGGACGAAUGUGCCGAAGAUGACAUGUGCCCCCGGGGACAGUGCCUCAACACGGACGGUUCCUUCCAGUGUGUGUGCAGCGCUGGUUUCGUCUUCUCUGUCACCACGCUGGACUGCCAAGACAUCGACGAAUGUGCGAACUACACAGUCUGCGGGGCUCAUGGCUUCUGCGAGAACAGCCAGGGCUCAUACCGCUGCUAUUGUGACCGCGGUUACAUCGAAUCCCCUGGCAUACCUGGGUGCAUCGACACCAAUGAGUGUGAGAUGGGCGUGGCGCCGUGUGGCGAGGCCUUCUGCGAGAACGUGGAGGGCAGCUUCCUGUGCAUCUGCAGCAGCGACAACGAGGAAUUCGACCCCGUCACCACCAAGUGCCGCGACCGUUCCCUCAUGACAGGGGGUUUUCCUACGGGGUUGGGUGAGGUUGACAAUAUUGGACUCCCCAGGAAUCCCAAGGUUUUACCUCCAAGCACCCCAGCAGCAGUUGACGAAGGGGAUCAGAAGGAGUGCUACUACAACUUAAACGACGACAUGAUCUGCAGCAAUGUUCUGUCCCGCAACACAACCAAGCAGGAGUGCUGCUGUACCGUGGGCGAGGGCUGGGGUGACAACUGCGAGAUCCACCCCUGUCCAAUCAGAGGGAGAGCUGAGUACAGCGAGCUGUGCCUCCAUGGCUUUGGCCUCAUCCCCCCACGUUCCUCAGCACAGAGCCUCAGUCAGCAGCCAUUUGAAGAUGCGGACGAGUGCGAGAUGUUCGGACAGGAGAUAUGCAAGAAAGGGCAUUGCAGCAACACAUACGGUUCAUACUCCUGCUUCUGCCAGACGGGCUAUUACUACGACACCGUGAGGCUCGAGUGUGUAGACCACAACGAGUGCGAGACAGAGAACGUCUGUGUGGACGGCAUGUGCAUCAACAUGGAGGGUUCCUUCGCCUGCUUCUGCAGCCCACCGCUGGUCCUGGAUGGUACCCGGCGCCGCUGUGUGGCCAUCAACACCACAGAGGAGGGCUAUGACCCAGACGAUUACGAGAACAUGGUGGAAAUCUGCUGGGAAUCACUAACGGAUGGGAACGUCUGCGCCCUGCCCAUCCUGGACCGGCACACCACGUAUGCAGAGUGCUGCUGCCUGUUUGGUGUGGCCUGGGGCAGCCAGUGUGCCCUCUGCCCCACACGCACGUCCGAUGACUAUGCCGUGCUGUGUAACUUGCCCAGGAGGGCCCCCGGUGACUCUGACAGCCUGCGUGAGAGGCCAGGCUACGAAUAUGGCCCUGAUGGCCUCGAUCGUCCAGAGAGCCCCAUGUACUGGGGGGGCUAUGGACCCGUCGGGGGAAGCAGCUACUUCAACAGCCUGGGCCCCGAGUAUGGCCCCCAGGAGCCGCCAGGAGGCCCUCCCUAUGGCCGGCAGGUCCCCCCUGAGGACUACGGCCCACGGGAGCUGGUGCGAGUGCCCGUCCAUCGGCCCCGCCCAUUCGAACGCUACAACGAGCGUUACGAGGGGUUUGAGGGCCUGCGAGCCGAGGAGUGCGGCAUCCUGAACGGCUGUGAGAACGGCCGCUGCGUGCGCGUUCGCGAGGGCUACACCUGCGAUUGCUUCGAUGGCUACCAUCUGGACCUCUCCAAGAUGGCCUGUGUCGACAUAAACGAGUGUGAGGACAUCAGCGACAACGUGCCCCUGUGCCAGAAUGCUGUGUGCUCCAACACCGAGGGCUCCUACAAGUGUACCUGCCUGCCUGGCUUCAUCGCAACACCCAGGCCCCACGAGUGCAUCCCGGAGGCCGGGGAGCCUGCGGGGAGGGAGGCCGAAAAGUAAAAGGGACAUGGGUUGGGGGAGACGGGGAUCACUGCUUGCCAGGCCAAUGGCCCAGUCUCACUUCCUGCGUCUCUCUCCCGCUGACUCCACUCCCACAGUCUGGCACUAAAACCUACCACAAUAACAAAGGAAGAAUGUUCGGCCUAAACAUAUGCAAACACACACACAGACAUACCCGUCGGUCGCUGUACAGUCCGGGAUCUCUCCUGUCCCUCUGUUUGUACUAACCCCCAUGAAAUGCAUACGAGAAACCCACCCCCUCCUCCCCAGCCGUCCAGCCCCGGCCUGCCUCUGUAGCCACCAGGCAGAAUUUUAUGUACAUACACGUUUUUUGAUUUUAUUUCUUUUGUCCUGUUAAUUAUUUAUUUCUUUUAGGGAAGCUUUUUUUUAAAAAAAAAUAACUAACAAUGCUAAGUUAUGUUUUGUACAAAAAUAUAUAUAUAUGAAUAAAUACUGGGUGGCUGUGUGUUUUGAAUUACGUCUGAAUACGGCCUUUCGUCAGGGAUGCAGGGAGAGAGAUAUGAAAUGCGCAGCGUUUCCUGUAUCUCCACGGUAACAGGUCCGGUGAGGAUGUAUGUGCACCGCACUCCCCGUAAGUGUGUCCGUGCAAUAGGCGUGGUGAGAUCGACCUCUGUCGAUCGCCCAACCUUCCUCUCCAGCGCAUGGACACAGCAGCUCAGCCUCUCUGGGUCCCCUUCACAUUCAAGCACACGACCCCCACUCGAGGAACGUCCCUGAAGUGGCUAAUACCAGACCAGACCCCCACCCAAACCACACCGCCACCAGUGCAGGGCCGGAAUUGUUCUCCGGACAUCUCAAAGCUCCUGCCCCAGAGGAUGAUCUUCUCAUAUUCAUGAGACCACCUUCAGCCAGCCCCUUGACCCAGUAGAGCAGCCCCUAAUCAACCUUAGACGUCAAAAGCUCGCUCUGUGGGGCCCCUCAUGGGAAGAGCGGGCAGGAAUGACACACCCCCUCCAGCUAACCAGGGGGAGUGCUGUAAUAUCUUAUGUGGAGUCAUAUCACUUCAGAGCCUGUCUGCUCUAUCAUCACCGGCAAAAGUAUGGCAGUGUCGUCAUGUGUUAGGGUUAGGGUUAGGGUUAGACAGUGAGAGGUAGGGUUAGGCUUAGUCAGUGAGAGGUAGACAGUGCCACAGCUGCCAGUAUGCUUGUGCUUUAGGUGUUUCAUCACGUCCACCUGCUAUCUGUACUCCCAAAAUCUAUGCAGGAAAUGAUUCUUCCAGUUGGGAGAACCCAGAGAGCAAACUGAGGCUCUGAUGACUGGGUUUGACAUCAUCUGUACAGUUCUAGUCCUAAGUAUUUAAUGUACAAUUAUUUACACAUUCUAAUUAUAUAGUGCGACCAGAAUUUGUGCAAAAAUGGAUCAAAGAACAAAAAAAAUGCAUAUUCCUUUUCUAUAAUAACUUUAGAUUUUUCUAUUUCUGUAAUAUUGUGUCUGUUUUAACAUUGUUUGUGUAUGGAAAAAAGUGGUUUACACUGUACCAUAGAAAGUGUAUGUAUCCUGCCCUGUGGUGCAGACAAUGGAAGUGAUUUUAGGGCCUGGCAGAGUUUUUUGGACACAGGUGUACCGCUGUUCCACCUUUCCGGCUCAGAAUCUGGCCUGUUACCCUUGGCAACUCGACAUGGUCACAAGGAUGCUUCUCCAGGACCGUAGGAUUAGUUUAUAUUAGUUUACACUUUAAAAAGAAUGCUCCGCGCCUUUAAUGUGCCUUCAAUGUAACUGUACCACAGGCCUGCAUGGCCGUCUCCAGAGAAUCAGAAUAUAUCAGACUCGUUAAGAAAUGGGAGCCAGUUCCCUCUGUGGAAUCAGGGGUUGCCAUGACGGCUGUGUCAUGGAUGUUUGGAAUGUGCCUGUGUCCCAGAACGUCCUGUCGACCCCUAAAAAGUGCAGGCACUGUUCCCGGUAAUGGACGAUGCCUUUUUCUAAUGACUGAUGCCCUCGACCUGCAUUCCCAAUUCCGUACACGGUGUUUGUACAAAGCAGACAACACCAACUCCACUGGCUGAUUAGUGAGUCUUCCGUUGCGGUUUUAUCAGGGGCAAUGAACUCUGUAAACCAUCAGUGAUAAGAACUGGCUGUCUCUACCCAGCACUGUGAUUAUCUUCAAUGUGGUGUACAUCCCCAUGUUUACCUCUACAACUUUUUCAGUCAUUGAAAUAAAAUUAGAGAAAAGA